CCGGCCAUGGCCCUGGCCGAGGGGCCGUACCUGUUGCUGCUGGCCGCCGCCCUGCUCGUGGCUUCAGCCAGCAGCGAGUGGUCCCCCCCGGAGCCCGUGUUCCUGCCUGUGGAGAUGGAGCUGCAGGCAGUGCCCGAGCACUACCGCCUGCAGCGUGCGGAUGGAGCCCUGCCUGCCAACACCUCUCUGCACACCCGUUCCGACACCUUCCUGCUGCUGCCCCGCCACCCCACCGCUGGCCCCCCGCCUCUUCUGCGAGCCUCCUACCUGCCCUUCAGCACCCACCAGGAGGUGCCCACCAAGAGUCACACCUGGGCCGUCCGUGCCGUGCCCCUGCACAGCACUGUCAGUCCAGAUGAACCCACCGCCCGCGUCCUCUUCCACCUGCACGGCCCUGACUGGCGUGGACGGCGGGACCCCCCUGGGGAGCAUUCGCUGCCCUGCAUUGUCCUGCAGGUCCAGCAGCGCAGCCGGACGCUGCAAGGCUCCUGCCGUGUGCAGGCCCCACUGGGCAUCUGCUUGGUGGAACUGGAGAUCCCAGCACGCUGGUUCUCCCCGGUGUCGUCCCCGGAGUCAGUCGAACUGUGGUAUGGCGUGGCUGGGCCGGGAACCUGCAGCCAUCCCAGUGGCACAGUGGAGCCCCUGCGGUACGUGGGGAUGCUGGAGCUGCAGACAGUGCCGGCAGUGGCACGGCGGCAAGAGGUGCCGUUGGAUGAGAGGGUGCUGCUGCGCGUCCCCGACAGAGCCUUGCGGCCUGGGCAGCGCUUCACCGCCAGCCUGGCGCUGCGGCACAACUUCACCGCCAUGUUGCUGACCCUGCGAGUCAAGGCUAAGAAGGGGCUGCAGGUGGUGGCCGCCAGGUCUGCGGACCCUGCGUGGACUGUCCACUUGGAACGCAGCCGUGGCCCCAAGCACUGGUCGGCUGUGGUGACGUGUCGGCGCAGCAGGGACAUCCAUAGGAGCACCAGGGCACUGGAGGCGGCUGAGCUCCUCCAUCUGGAGCUGGCGGUGGAGAAUGGCACAGGGGCUCAGGCACUGGCACGACCCCUCACCUGGCAGGUGGAAUACCCAGGCCAGGACCCUGAGGCGCAGAAGGACAAGCUGGUGUGGGAGGUGCAGGUGUCGGAGCGUGACAUGCGCGUCCUCGUCCCCCUGGUGCAGGAGCUGGAGCUUCUCAAUACGUCCCCGCUGACCGGUGUCCCCCGUACCGUGCCGGUGACAUUGGUGAUGGUGGAGGUGGGUGGUACCGUGUCUGAGCUCAGUGAGCCGCCAGGCUGUGAGUCAGCAGAUACACAGGUGCUGCAGGUGAGCAUGGUCCCAGCCCCCCCAGCAGCACUCCCUGGGCACCCUCUGCCCCUCCGUGUGCCCCAACAGGUGUCGGAGGGCUGUGACGCGGUGUUCGUGGGGGGCAAGGAGAGCCGUGGUGCCCGUGGGGUGCGGGUGGACUUUUGGGCACACCGCCUGCAUGCCUCGCUGCUCUUCACCGUCUGGGCACCUCUGCUGCCAUUGCGUGUCCAGCUGGGAGACACUGCCCUGGAGCAGGUGCGUGGCUGGCGCCUGCCCGGGAACACUGACAGCUCUAGCAGUGAUGUGGAGGACCCUGGGGAGGAUGCUGAGCGGCGGACGCGGAGCUGCCGGCCGCAGUAUCAGCGCACGGCAGUGCGGUUCCUGGCAUACUUUGUGGCACAUGCACAGGAUGGUGGCCGCCACCUGUCCUACUUGCCAGGCCCUGAGUGGCUGCUGGAUGUCACACACCUGGUGGCCAGCUGGGCACGCGUGCAGGACCCCCGUGUGGCAUCGCUGGAAGGCGGCACCGUGCUGGUGGGCCGGGAACCCGGCGUCACCUCAGUGGAGGUGCGCUCCCCGCUGUCGGACGCCAUCCUGGGCGAGCAGAUGCUGGUGGUGUCAGAGGAGAAGGUGGCAGUGACAGAACUGCGUGCUGCAGUGGUGGCAGGGCUGGAGCUGGCGCUGCACCUGGAGCCUAGCCACCCUGGCUUGCUCACUGCCGUGUGCCAGGCCACGGCCACACUGCGAGGCUCCAAGCAGGAGGCGACGCUAUCUGUCUGGCUGUCCUUCUCUGAUGGCACGCUGGCACCGAUGGAGCUGUACGGUGGGCAGGACGCCGUGCUGGCUGUCACCUCACUGGAUCCCACAGUGGUCACUGUGGUGGGGACCUCAUCCUGGCAUCCGCGAGUGGUGGCGGAGGGGCCGGGCCGAGGGGCCCUGCUGCAGCUCAGUCUGCACCCCCUGGAUGUGUGCCGCCGUGGUCGUCACCGUGCCGCUGUGUUGGCUGCCGGCACUGCCUUGUUAGAGGUGGCUGGGGAGCGCAGGACCCCCCCGAGCAGCCCCCGGUCUCCCAUGCCAUUCCCAAGGGCAGAGGGGGCCAUGUCGGGUGAGGCGGUGACAGCGGGCCAGGGGGAGCAUGGUGAUGUGGGGCUGGUCAACACAAAGCUGCAGGGCAUGGGGUCUUCCUCCGAGGAGGAGGAGGAGGAAAGAGAGGAAGGCUAUGGCCGUGGCAUGCAGGAGGAGGAGAAGGAAGAAAUGGUGAAGGCCCCUGCACGUGUGAGCGACCUGGAGAUCGGCAUGUACGUGCUGCUGGGUGUCUUCUGCCUGGCCAUCUUCAUCUUCCUCGUUAACUGCGUCUUCUUUGUGCUGCGCUACCAGCAGAAGGAGCCACCCGACGCCAGCACCGCUGCUGCGGCUUCCCAGCCCCACAACUGGGUCUGGCUGGGCACUGACCAGGAGGAGCUGAGCCGGCAGCUGGACCGCCGGCAGCCUGAGCCUGACAGCCUGCCGGGCCCCCAGCCUGAGCGCUGCUGCUGUGCAGACCCUCUGGCACCCGACACGGGGUCCCCCAGUGGCACCUCAGUGGAGCCCCACAAAGAAGGGCCUGUGCCAGGGGGCAGCCGGCGGAAACGCGUGGAGUUCGUCACCUUUGCACCCCAGCGUGCCCCCGAGGAUCCCCCCCAGCCCACCCCCAAUGUGCAGUCCAUCCUGGUGGCUGGUGAGGAUGACAUCCGCUGGGUGUGCGAGGACAUGGGGCUGCGUGACCCUGAGGAGCUGCGCUGCUACAUGGAGAGAAUCCGUGGCAGCUCCUGACCCCCACCGGGACCGUCCUCUUUGUCCCUGUUCCUCCGUGGAGGGGACGCUGGUGGGACCAUCCCUAAGCCCCAUUGGGAAUCAGUGACAUCCCGCUGUCACCUUGCCCUGGGGUUUCCACUGCGGUGCUGGGGACACAGGGUCCCCUUCCUUGCUGCGGUUCUCAUUGCCACAUUGUGUUCAUAGUGCUGAUGCCGAGUUCUGUGCCCCCCCUUGACCGGCCUCGUGUCCGUUUUGUACAACAUUUUGUACCCAUUGCGCUGUGGGGUGGGGACCCUUAUUUAUGGAAGAUUUUUAAGUCUGAUUGUUGUUACAGAAAUAAAAUAUU